CGCUUAUCAGGAGUCUCAGUAUAGUCUGUCGGGUUGCAGCGACUGGCGGUGGUAGUGGGAGCCUGCGUUCAGUUGGAAACGUGGUGAGAUGGAAAAGGAGGCCACCGGGUUGCAUACCAACAUGGAUGAAAAAGCGACGCAACUAUUUGGAAAAUAAUCAAGCUCUAUGAAUAUCGGAUGGGGACAAAGUAUGACCCGCAUACAAGGAAACAUUCUUAUGACUGAAAAAUAGAUAAAUAACUAAACAAGCAAGUAAACAAAUAAACAAGGUAUCUAGCAUGUGCCAAUAAACUUCGAUAACAACAAAGGUGAAACACUGAGAAGGUACAACGUCAAGUUCAAAGCAACACUGCGAAACUUCCAAAGAAAACGGAGUGAGGCCUUUUUAGUAGAGCGCUUCCACGUGCGAAGCUGGCAACAAUGGCAAGCGUAGGCAGACCGCUAUACAAAAAGUACAGCGUCAAGCUACUGUUACUACUCCUAAUCGUAGUUUUAGUCACACACCACUUCAUGGCCGGCGUACUAACUCAGACUACACAGCGCAGAGAUGCGAACUGGAAUUCAAACAACAGUCAAAUAGUAAAGGUUAAAGAAGACUGUGAUCGGAAGAUUCCACUGACAUCCGAAGAUCAAAAAGAAAGCUCUAUAGUUACAGAGAAGAUACAGAGAACUAAAGAUAAUCAAGCGGAGCAGGCAGUACGAACGGAGGAGACAGAGAACACGAUCAGAUAUACGACCAGAGCACCAUCGUCUCGAGAUAAAUCCCAGGGAAAUGGGACACAAGACCAGACUAAUGAAGACAGCAGAACUGCAACAGCACGCCCUGCGGCCGCCCCAGAACCGCCGAAGGUCCGCCACCCUCCAAACGUCCUCCUCCUGAGUUCGAUGGGUCGCAGCGGGUCGAGCUUCCUGGGCGGCCUCCUGAACUCUCAGCCCAAGUCCUUCUACAUCUUCGAGCCGCUGCACCGUCUGGAGGCGUGGGGCUUGCUGUCAGACGCCGUGGCGCGGGAGACCUUCACGCAAAUCGUCAGCUGCAACUUCACCGGCUCUCUCCUCGAUGGGUUGGCGUCGGAACCGGACUUCGCCAUCCGCACUCCUUCCGCUUACUCUUGCAAACACACAAAAAAGGCAAACCAGACCUGUUUCGACGCCAAAAAACUGAAGCAAGCGUGUGACAAACUGCCCAUUAAAAUCAUCAAGACUAUUAGAACGAGAGUGGCGUGGUUGGAGCCCCUCCUGCGGGACCCGAAGGCUAAUCUCCUGGCCAUCCACUUGGUGCGGGAUCCGAGGGCGUCUAUCAUAUCGGCCAUCGAGCGGGAGUGGAACGUAAGGCCCGAGAGGAAGUGCAGGGAGUUGGAGGACGACCUGCUCAGCGGUCUCCAGCUCGACAAGUUACUGCCGGGAAGGUACAUGACAGUGCGUUAUGAGGACCUGUGUGAAGACCCCUACAAGAUGGCGCGCGUCAUCUUCUCCUUCUUGGGAUAUAAAACACUGCCCCUGUCGACGCUCAGGUACAUGAUCGGAUCUGCAGGCAGUAGAAGAUAG